GUGCAGUUUCUACUUUCUGUCUGCAUUUAUAUACCAUCCUCAAUUACAUAUCUUUUUCCAACUCUCUCAAACACAAUAGAAUGGAGAUGGAGGUGAUGAUGCCGUCGCCCCCGGCGGAAUUCAACUUCGAUAGUGCAUGUACAUCACCACACAUAAGCGCCGCUUCGAGCCCUCAACGAUUCGGCACUUUCUUCUACAGCGUCCCCUCCAGCCCCGACCGUGCAGCCGCCUUCUACAACGAAUUCAACCAGUCCUCCCAGUCGGCAGUUCCAUUUAACUGGGAAGAGAAGCCUGGAAUUUCCAAAACAAAAGAAAUAAACAGUACUUAUUGUGCUGGUGAAGGUGAAGGUGAUGCUGAUCAGAGGGAUACAGAUUUUUCUUUUGAUUUUAGUGGGCAACUAGAGAGAAUUUCUUUACCUGCCGAUGAACUUUUCGAUGGAGGCAAGAUCAAGCCAUUAAAGCCUCCCCCUCGCUUACAAUCUAAGCCCCUCGAUUCUCCAAAAUCGCCUCGAUCUCCCAAGAAAAUGAUCAAAGAUGCAUUCUCCCCACGCCAUAGGAAGAAAGAUUUCGAUCCAUUUGCAGCAGCCAUUGAACAGACUCGUAAAGAAAACAUUCAACAAACCUCGCGAGGAAGAGAAAGAAGUAAUUCAAGCUCUAGACACAAACAAACAAGAUCUUUAUCCCCUUUUCGUGUUUCAGAUUUGUUAUUUGAUCCAGAUACCAAUCAACAAGUCGCCAAGGAUUCUUCUAAGUCGUCCUUGUUUUCAUCUUCAUCUUUCUCUUCGUUAUGGUACAAAAAAUGGAAAAUUAAGGACUUAUUACUGUUCAGAAGUGCAUCAGAAAGUCGAGCAACGGAUAAAAAUGAGUUUAACAAAUACGUGUUGCUGAAGAAAAACCAUCUGGAUGACGCAAAGAAUUCAAGUUUCAGGUCUACAGACAGUGCAGGAUCGGUGUCGAGUAGGAGAAGAGGCCCACAAAUUUCAGCUCAUGAAUUGCAUUAUACUGUGAAAAGGGCAGUUUCAGAGGAGAUGAAGAAGAGGACUUUCUUGCCAUACAGGCAAGGAUUAUUAGGCUGCUUAGGCUUCAAUCCCACUACUGUUCAAAAUAUGAAUCUCUCUUAAGGUCUUGGUCCUACUGUUUCUCUAUCUCGCGGGUGAAUUCAGAUUUUCUCAUCUAUAUUUUGUGAAAUUUCUAGAAUAUGUGGAGUUUUCGUCUCCAUCCCUCCAGGUUAUACUACGAGAUUAGUUUGUUUUUGAAACAAUAUAAUUCAGUUUUUUGCAUUAUAAAACAUUAGAUAGAGCUGAGGUUUCCGAGUUCAACGGUACAAGGAUCCUGUUUGAAUCCGACCUGUGCGUGUGCAUCAAACACUGCAUCGACUCACGUACAUGUAUCAAAUACGUGUUAUGCAUAACAUGGUAAUUUAAACAGGACUAGUAUGGUAAACUUACCAACCAUAAAAUGCACAUUAUGUAGGGUCAUAAAUUGAUAGCUUGUGUGCAAUUAAUUACCUUUAUGAAAA